AUGGAAGGUGAUGGAGAGAAGAAGAUUAAUCUUGAAGUCGAAGACAUUCGACUGAUAGAUAUUUCAUCGGAGGAUGAUUUUCUGAUUGCUUCUCCGAUAUUCGAUUCUCUUGAAGACCUGCGCCUUUCAGUGACAUUGGAGAAUACAAAGCAGCAUGAAGGGUACAAGCUGUUUGGGGCUUCCAGUUCUCUGGAAGUAAAAACUGCUGCAGAAGUGCUUCUGCCAAAGGAACAAAAGCAUUUAUUUUCUGAAUCCAUGGAGCCAGCAAGACNGUGA